AAAAAGGCAGCAUCAUCAUUCCAAUUAUUCACUUGUCCAGCUGAAAACCAACUGGAAAAAUACUUUGCUCUUCAAUUGAACAAUGCAGGGCCUGAACUUCCUGUCUGUGUUGCUGCUGUCGGUAACAGUGAACUCUAAGGGCUUAAUGUUCCAGCCUCUGGACUGUGCCGACAUCUACAACGGUGGGUCCAAGACUAGUGGUGUGUACAGGAUCUACACGGCAGGACCCAACUCUCCCCAGUACGUUUACUGUGACAUGGACACUGACGGGGGCAAGUGGACGGUGUUCCAGAGGAGGAUGGAUGGAACAAUCAACUUCUUCAGAGGAUGGGAGGAGUACAAGAACGGGUUUGGACAUGCAGCAGGAGAGUACUGGUUAGGUCUGGAGACCAUCUAUCUGCUGACUCUGAAGAAGAACUAUGAGCUGAGGGUGGAUAUGGAGGACUUUAAUGGACAGAAAGCUUACGCAUUCUACUCCUCCUUCUCAAUCUCUCCUGAAACCACCAAUCCAGAACUUGACGGCUACAAACUCCAUGUUACUGGCUUUAAGGAUGGAGGGGCAGGUGACUCUCUGACCUACCAAAACGGCAUGAAGUUUAGCACAUACGACCGAGACCAGGACACUUUGGAGGGGAACUGUGCGGUUUCCGCAGUAGGAGGGUUUUGGUAUAAAGACUGCUAUUUCUCCAACCCCAACGGUCUCUACACAUGGGGACUCAACACUCAGAUUGGGGUCAACUGGAGGGCCUGGAGAACCUUCUAUUCUGUAAAGUCCAUCUCCAUGAAGAUUAGGCCUGUGAAUCUGUGAAUCUGUCUCUUGGUCUUUUUGGGACACCAAGCUUUUGAUUCAGGCUAUAUUUUUUUAGAAGAUAGAAUGCUGUUUUGGUGACUGCUUUGAUAUGACUGUUAAAUGUGAGUCAAUCAAAACUCCAAGAUAAUGCACUUGAUCCCUGGUUUUAAGGGCCCGAGAAUCCAGCUCUUUACUAAUAUUUGUUCUUUUAUUUUUGUUGCCAAACACAAUCUCAGUUUCAUCUUGGUUUAAUUGUAGACAGUUUUGUUUCAUCCAGGUAUUCAUGUGCUCUAUACAGUGACACAGUGAGUCUAUUGAGCUGUUGUCAUACGGUUCGAGAGCCAUAUAUAUUUGAGUAU